AUAAAACAACGAACGAUACUAGCAUCAUUAAGCAAUACUUUAUAUAAUCAAACACAAAAUAACAAUGAACAAUUUAGUACAUUGAUUUAUUCUUUCUGGCUUAAUGAUUAUGCUAAUACUCAAAGUAAAAUGUUAAAUUCUGAUGAACAUGAAUUUACAUUAUUAGGAAUGGCUAAUUUAAAAAAUUGUUUAAAUACAUGGUUUAAAAUAAUUGAUAGAACUGAAGAUAAUCUGAAUAAAUUACUAAUUUGGAUUGAAUUAUAUAAAUCGGUUAAACUUAAUAGACAAAGAAUUUAUGCUACAAAAAAUUUUUAUCAAAGAUCGCACUAUGCUAAUGUUGCUAUUGAAAUGAAUAAUGUAGAAUCAAUUAAUCGUAAUAAUAAAAAAAAAUUAUACUUUGGAAAAGUAAGUACUUCCUAA